AUGUGGAUGAGUGUGUGUCCUUCACGAGCCCCUGCAGAUAUGGCUGCUCAAAAACACAGGGAGGAUUCAUGUGUGCAUGUCCAGUGGGGUAUUACAGAGCGGGACAGGGACAUUGUGUAUCUGCUGCUGGUUUUGGAGGUGCUGGGCUUGGACCAGAAGAGGAAAACGGUCUUUCUCCUGAAACCUGCAAUGGCUGCAAAACGAAUGGACAGCAGAAGAAAAGUGUCAGGAGAAGACACUCUUCAAACCUCAGAUUGGAGGGAGUUAGUCUGGCCAGUGUGGAUGUGGAUCAGCCGCUGAGAUUACUCCUCAAUCGCUCACAACUCAAACCCAAUGAAGCCAUCCUGGAGCUGCUGCCCGCUGUCGGAGCGCCUGCUCAAGAACUCAUGUACACCAUCACAGCUGGAAACCGUGACGGCUUCUUCCAGAUCAGACAGCAGGAGGUGUACACAGGUGUGCUCGGAAACCUGUGA